AUGCGGUAUUCUCUAUGGGCCUAUACGCUUGUGCUGGCCUCGGCUGCCGCCACAACAACUUCACUGGGUGACAUCUGUACCACAGCAUAUGUGAAAAAGGCGUUGCCAGUAGAUGCCAUUCAAGGUGUUACCGUUGAUCCCUCUUCGGUUUCCACGAGUCUUGUCACCAACUUCACCGCCAGCAGCGUCUUCUACCCUACCUCGACCUUUGAUUACUGCAAUGUGACUUUCGCCUACUCUCAUGACGGCAUUGAUGGGGAUGUUGUUCAUGUGCAAUACUGGCUUCCAGCUCCAGGGCAGUUUAAGAACAGAUAUGUGUCCACAGGUGGAGGUGGCUGGGCUAUCAACUCGGGAUCCUCAUCGAUCCCUACCGGUGUCAUCGUUGGCGGUGUUGGUGGUCUGACCGAUGGAGGAUUUGGAUCUUUCAAUACCCAAUUUAGUUCCGUUGCUCUGUUGGAAAAUGGAACUAUCAAUUGGCAAGCGACCUAUAUGUUCGGCUACCAAGCCCAGCAUGAGCUUGCUAUAUUGGGCAAAGCGCUGACAAGAAAUAUUUACAACGUACCGUCCAGCGAAAAGAUAUACUCCUACUACCAGGGUUGCUCCGAGGGAGGCCGCGAGGGGUGGAGCCAGGUCCAACGGUUCCCCGAUCAGUUUGAUGGCGUAGUCGCCGGUGCUCCAGCCUUCCGGUGGGCACAACAGCAGACAAACCAUUUGACCGGCAACGUCAUCCAGAAAAACCUUGACUACUACUCGCCCAGCUGUGAGCUCGAGAAGAUCAUGAACAUGACCGUCGCAAGCUGCGAUCCCCUGGAUGGCAAGACUGACGGUAUUGUAUCUCGCUCCGACUUGUGUUUGAAGCAUCUAAACUGGGAUUCCAUCCUGGGCGCUUCUUACUCGUGCCCCGCCGUCAGUGGCUCCCCAUUCGCGAGCGCCACACCUGCACAGACAGGUAAGGUAUCUGCCAAAGCCAUCGAAGUCAUUAAGACCUUUUGGGAGGGUCUUCACGACUCCGACGGCAAGCGCGUCUACUUCAGCUACCAGCCUGGUUCUACUUUCGACGAUCUUCAGGCCGCAUAUGAUUCAUCUACCGACAGCUGGAAGCUUGACAUAAGCGGUCUCGGUGGCAUGUGGAUUGGCUUGUUCGUCGAUCGUUUGCAGGAGACCAACAUUCCCAGCUUAGACGGCGUGACCUACGACACUCUCAAGGAAUGGAUGAUAUUUUCCCAAAAGAAGUACGGAGACAUCUUCCAGACAACAUACCCAGAUUUGUCGGAUUUCCAAGCUGCAGGUGGAAAAGUUAUCCACGUCCACGGAGAGCAAGACUACUCAAUUCCCACCGCUUCUUCAGUUCGUUAUUGGAACUCGGUUAGGGAUGUUAUGUUCCCCAACAAGUCAUAUACUGCAGGUGCAGCCGCUGUCGAUGACUUCUAUCGGCUGUUCCUCAUUCCUGGCGUCGGACACUGUGGCACGAACCGGUACCAACCCGGUGCACCAUGGCCACAGACAACUCUGCAGACUCUCAUUGAGUGGGUUGAAAAUGGCAAGGCACCGGCGACACUCGCUGGGUCUGGUGAUAUUGAAACCAUGUGUCGUUGGCCUCUUCGCCCACUUUGGACAGCGAAUGGCAAGCAGUUCCAAUGUGUUCACGACCAGGAAUCGAUUGAUAGCUUUAGUUAUGAUUUGGAUGCGUACAAGCUUCCUGUGUACUAA